UGUGGUUGGCACCGCCCUCCGCGCCCGCUCCUCGCUCUCGCAGCGGCCCGCGGGCCGGGCGUCAUGGGCGGCCUCUUCUGGCGCUCCGCACUGCGGGGGCUGCGCUGCGGCCCGCGGGCCCCGGACCCGAGCCUGCUCGUGCGCCCCAGCUCGGGAGGGCCCUCCUGGACCCGGGAACGGACCCUGGUGGCGGUGAAGCCAGAUGGGGUGCAACGGCGGCUCGUUGGGGACGUGAUCCAGCGCUUUGAGAGGCGGGGCUUCACACUGGUGGGGAUGAAGAUGCUGCAGGUCUGGGAAGGGUACAAUGUCGUCCGCGCCUCCAGGGCCAUGAUUGGACACACUGAUUCGGCUGAGGCUGCCCCAGGAACCAUAAGGGGUGACUUCAGCGUGCACAUCAGCAGUCACAGGCUUGCUCCCCUAGACAGAGGGCAACAGGGGAGCAACAGAUGGUCCCUGGGACUCCUCAGGGUGCACAUGAAGCCUGAGCCUCACCUUGCUCCUGUCACUGGCACAGGAACGUCAUCCACGCCAGCGACUCUGUGGAGGGGGCUCAGCGGGAGAUCCAGCUGUGGUUCCAGAGCAGUGAGCUGGUGAGCUGGGCAGACGGGGGCCAGCACAGCAGCAUCCACUCAGCCUGAGGCUCAAGCUGCCCUUACCACCCCAGCCUCCACGCAGGAACAACUACCUCUGUCAGCAAGAACCCAAGCCCACGUCCAUCCCUGCCUAUCCCAAACCACUUACUUCCCUGUUCACCUCUGCCCCAGCCCAGCCCAGAGGAGUUUCAGCCACCAACUUCAGUGCCUUUCUGUACCCCAAGCCAGCACAAGAUUGGACCAAUCCAUUUUGCACCAAAGUGCCGGACAGCCUUUGUGGUGGGAGGGUCUUCGAAAGUUAUCCUAACCUUUCCUCCAAAGGGGAGGCAUUAAAAUUCACCAUGCCCAGCACAUGGGUGGUACAUUAAUUAUGACUUCCGCCAACUCUGAGGUAGAAAUGACGCUUUUAUGCAAGUUGUAAAGAGUUGAAGAGUAAAGAUGAAGUUUUGCACACCUA